AUGCGGUGCCUGUGCGAUGAUGAGCUUUGUCGUAUCGAUGAGCUAAGGAAUGUCGAGGCGGGUAGCCGAACGCCGAUCGUUGGUCCUGCGGAAGGAGGCUCGCGAGACAUCGCGGACGUGAACGGUAAACCGCCGUCGCCGAUCGCUUUCCGGCAAAGUGGCGGUUGUCGCAUCUGGGAGGGCAUCGGUGCGCGCGCCGACGCUCUUUCCGUUGAUCUUAUAACCGCUACGAGUAUCUACCCUGAGGCGAAAUCAAAUCACGAACAGUAUCAUACAAGUCAAAACCAAAGCCACAACCGAUCUCUUCUCAAGAGUCACCGAUCGAGAUCUCGUGCAAGAAGUCGUGUCACCGAUAAUCAUAACAUCCUUAUAAUCGGAAUGAAGAGAAGUUCUCGUACAUCUAGUGCUCGCGAUGACAGUGCGAGCUUGACCCCUCGCACAUCUCGCGAGCGUGCCGGUGACUCGAACGAGCACGCGGACUCGACCGCCCUGAGCACCCCGCCGAGGCGGCCCUUUUCCAGACGGCCAUCGAGCAGAUCAAGACCCGCCACACGUUCAGAUUAUUCAGCUCCAAAGAUGGAUACGUGCUUGGACGAAGAUGAGGACCCGAUUUCAGUCCCGCUUUUGCGCACCAACCAUGAGCUCCGCCAUAGGCUACAUGACGAGGCAGCAGCCUACCGUAGGCGCCUGGACACGUAUCGACAGGCCCAACAGCAUCAAGCUGCACUUGUUAGUCGUCUACAAGCUAAGGUUUUGCAAUAUAAGCAGAGAUGUGCGGAAUUAGAAGGCUUAGCAGAGACCGAUGGCAUUGCGCCAUGUUCUGGUUUGAAGUCGCGUUCUUCAGCUAUUCCACUUCCUGCACCAAGUGCAGCCAUGGAGCAAGCGCAACAACAUUUACGUGAUACCAAAUCCGAGAGAGUACAAGACCUUGAAACGGCUUUGCGGCGGCUUGAUGAAGAAAAACGAAAUUGCGAGCGCCUGGCACGACAAAAUGCGGCAUUGCGAGAGCAGCUAGAAGAAAGUAACAGAAGUAACGAAGUGUUAACAGCUGAUUUGCAAAAACUUACUGCAGAUUGGGAAUGCCUACGCGAAGAAAUGGCAAUUAAGGAAGAUGAAUGGAAAGAGGAGGAAGUGGCUUUCAAUGAAUACUGUAACACCGAACACAGUCGAUUAUUGGGUCUAUGGCGUUAUGCGGUUUCUGUUAAAAGGUCAUUUAACGACAUGGAGGCCGCAACUAAACGUGAUUUAUCAAGUCUACGUGGGGAAAUAUCUCAGGCUGGUCGAGACAUGCAAUCAGCUUGCGCAGCAGUUGCUGAGGCGCAAGCCAUUGCCCAAUCGGGCGCGCAGGCACUAAAAGCAGAUUCUUCUCAGCUUUGUGACCAGCGCGCUCGAUAUACUGUUCUAGCUACCCAACAUGAGGCUGUGCUUGCCGAUGUUGCUCAGAAGGAAGCUCGUAUACAGCAACUCCUUCGCGACCUUCAGACGAUGGAAGAACGUUGCGCGGAGUCUGAACACGCGGUUGGUCAGGCAUCGCGAGUGCAUGCUGAAGUAGAAUUGCUGCAGGAUGCGUUACGCGAUAUCGCCCAUGCCGUUUUGCAGGACGCAGAAGCUCCAGCACAGCCUGCACAUAUGCAUCUAUCCCAAAACGUUUCGAUAACACAAAGAUCUCCGAAACGAGGAGGGCCUGGUUCCACUCGCCCAGCCUUUGCGGAGGGGACUAUAUCAGCCGUGCAGGCCGCAUUACACAAAUAUCAGUUACUCAUACAUGAGUUACAGAUCAAGUUACACGCUUCUCGCGAAGCUCUGAACGCCCUGAAAAAGCAACACGAACAAAGCGAGAGUUCCAGAGUGGCGCUGAACUCACGAGUAACAGAAUUACGGGCUCAGCUUGACGCAUUUGAGGCCCAGAAAACUAGUAUGAUGCAGGAGCGCGACAUGCUUCUAAAGAACGCCGAUGUAGCACGGGCUGAUAAGGCUGCUUUGGAACGCAGCAAAAUUGAAAUGACAGCGAUGAUAGAAAAUCUGAAUAAUGACUACGAGAAGCAACAGAAGAGCAACAGUAAAUUACAAAAACUAGUCGAUGUACUAGAAGAACAGAAACGAGAUAUUCAAAAUGAAUUAGAUAGAGUUAGCCACGAAGCGAAUAAUAGUGAACUCAAUUUAAGACACGAAGAAGAAAGAUCAAGUCGACUUAAAGAAGAACUUUUGACUCUAAGAGAAGAAUUGAGUAAUGUAUACUUAUCUAGGGAUAUGUUAGAACAACAAAGACUCGAAUCAGAUUCCUUAAUUGCUCACAUUGAAAAAGCAAAAGGUGAUUUGGAAAUGGAACUGGAACGAACCAUAAUGGAAAACGCAGAUCUUAAAGAGUGUUUGGAAAAAAGCAAACAUUCCGCGAGCGAUUUAGAUCAAGAAAAAAAUAAACUUAAUGAGCAAAUAAAAACGCUCAAAGAUGAAUACAAUAGCAUGCAAUCUUAUUGCUCUGAUCAACAAAACGAUCUUAAGUCACUUCGAAAAGAGCUUUUAGCUGCUGAACAAUCUAGACUGGAAAUAGAAUCGAGCAAGCUGUCGCUUCAUGAGAAGUAUAAAUUCCUUGAAAACGAAAAAGAAAAGGUUAAUCAAGAGUUAGCUCAAUCUGUAAGAGAUCGUAGUGAGUUGAAUAAUCAAUUGGUGAUCAUGACACGCAAACGGGAAUCUUUAGGAGAAGAUUUAAUGCGAAUUCAACAAAGACUUGAGCAAGCGAAUGAAACAAAUAGUCGUGUCAAUAGGAACUUGGAGGAUCUAGUGAAAGAAAAUGAAGAUAAACUGGUUACUAUCGAAGCUAAUGAAAAAGAAAUGCAUCGUUUGAAUGAACAAUUAGCCGCAUUGCGAUCAGAGAAAGAAAUUUUAGAGGCAACACUAUUUGAUGCUAAUACCCAUUUGGAAGAAAAUGACAUGAAACGAGCUCAAUUAGAGAAGGAUCUGCAAGAAUUACUUCUUAAACAUGAAGCAAUGAAAGGCUUGGUGACUCGCUUAACUCGUGAUUUGGAAAAUUGUGAGCGGCGUUCCCAAGAAAUGAAACAUAAUCUAUCAAAACAAUUAGGUGAUCAACAGGCUGAAUACCAACAAACAAUUCAAAAUUUGAAAAAGGGCAAUGAAAACAAUUGCAAGAAGUUAAAGGAAGAAAAGGAACAAGUGCGAGAAGCACUCGAGAAACGUAUGCAAGCAUCUUUACAAUCAUUAUCUAAUGAGAAAAAUAGUGAAAUAGAUCAAUUACAAUUACGGAUCGGAUCUCUGCAGAAUCAUAUUGACGCUUUGAAUCAGCAGCAUGAAGAAGAACUCUUACGAUCAGAAAAUGAUAAACAACAAGCUCUUCUAAUAGCGCAUCAUGACCAGCAAGCUUUAUUGGAGAAAUUAGAUAAUUUGAAACGAGAAUUAGAAGCUGAAAAACAAGCUCUGGAACGCGCAGUGAGGGAAGCAGCUGUUAAGGCAGAACAUGAUAGAAAUGCUGCUAAUCAAUUACGUGAUGAAAUCAGCAAACUUAAGACUAAGAUGGAAGAAAAUAGAAAUAAGGCAUCAGAGGAAUACAUACGAUUAGAAGGUGUAAUGAAUGAAAUUAAACAAGAACGAGAUAUGACACAACGAGUUGCCGAAGAUUUGAAAUUGCAAUUAAGUCUAUGCGAAGACAAAUCUGAAUCAAUAUCGAGUCAGUUACAAGACACAAUUAGAAAAUUAAAAGAAGCCGAAAAUGCGACUGAUUCCGUACGCAAGGAUCUUACGGAUACCAGACGUCAAUUGGCCGAAAGUAACGUGGAGAGAGAUAAAUACGGAUCUUCUAACAGAGAACUCCGGGAGGCGAUCAAGAGAAAUGAAACCGAACGCAGGGAACAAAGUCGUAGCCUUGAAGAAUCUAUGCAAAAAUUAUCCAGUUUGGAAGAGACGCGAAAUCAAUUGGAACUAGAGAAAGUUAAACUGCAGACUUCAUUACGGGAAUCUGAACGUCUGCAGAUUCAGACAGCACAACAACUAACAAAUGCACAAAACGAAUUAGUCAAAGCAGCUGGCGACAAUAGUCAAAAGCAAGCAGAAGAAAAGGAACUUCAAGCCAGACUCAAUAACGAAUCUGAGGAAAGGGAAAGAGUACAACAUGAGUUGCAUCAACUCAAGAACCAGAUGUCGGAGUUGGAUAAUAAUUUGGAAUCGACGCGCCAGGAGUUAUGCAGGGCUCGUGCAAGACUUGGUCAUGAGGAAGGACGCUGGCAUUGCAGAGAACAAGAAUUGUUAAGUCGGCUAGAAGAAUCGCGUGGUAGAGAAAAAAGACUUGAUGAUCAAAAGCAUAAUUUAGAAGUUUGUCUUGCAGAUGCUACGCAACAAAUACAAGAACUUAAGGCAAGAUUAGGCGGAGCCGAAGGUAGAGUGCGCGCGCUGGACAGUCAACUCACACAAUCAGAAGCUACUAAAAAAGAAGUGGAGCAGAAACUAAGUUCAGUCGGAUGCACUUUACGUCGAAUCGCUGGCAUCCAGCUGGAUGGAUCAGUAAACUUGCCUUAUCGUCUUCUGAGCCCAACCAGACGCUGGAGUCCUGCGCGCACUGGAGGUCACGAAUCACGAGCUGGACAACAUGCAGCAGCAGUUUCUAAUGAAAUAAUAGAUGUGGAUCCUGAGCUCGUCCGAAGAGGUGUGCGUUCACUCAUGCACCAGGUGGCACAAAUCGAGCGAGAAAGGGAUGAUUUCAAAGCUCAAAUAUCUCAAGCAAGAGCACAAUUGAAUGAAGCAAAUGAGCAACAAAAUAAAACGGAUGAAAAAAUGAAGAAAAUGCUACAAAACUUACGCAACGUUCAAAAUGAAAAGGGUAGCAUUGAAGCCCAGUUGGGACAGAAAUCUGCAGAAUUGAACACACAGACCGCGGCGUUACAAGAUAAAACUGAAGAACUCAACGCUAUGAGAGAAAAACUGACGUCUUUAGAACUAGCUAUCAGCAGUUGCAAAGAAGAAAAAGGACUGAGCGAGGAACGUUUGGAAAAAUGCCGCGCAGCACUCGCCCGUUUGGAAACCGAGCACAGACAUUUACAAGAUGAAUUUGCACGUUGCGAACAGCGUUCUAGCAAACUUGAGCUCCAAAAAGUUGCCCACGAAGGUGAUGUUCAGCGUCUACAAAUGAUGGUUCAAGAACGCGAAGCCAUAAUACAGAAGUUGCAAGAACGUGUGGACAUCCAAUCGUGUACUGUGAGCGCAUUGGAAGAGCGCUGCGGCUCUCUUAAAGUGACCAUCGAACAGCUAAAUAUCUCGCUUGACCGUGCUGCAGGCUCUGAAGCUGAAUUACGAGCUGAGCUGAACUCAUUGCAAUCUGCCCAGAAGGCCCAUAGUGCUAAUUCUCAUGCUUUUACCGAUAAACUUAAACAGCUUCAAAAGGCCCUUCAUGUAGCUGAGAAUGAAAAACGCGUUUGCAGUGAAAGAUUGGAUAUUGCACAGCAGAAUUGUGCUGAAUUGCGUCGCACAGUACAAGUUCAAAAUGAGCAACUACAACGGCUCCAGACUGAUCUUGCCAAUAAUGAAGUUCAAAAGGGCGCUUUAGAGUCUCAAUUGCGAUUAGCAAGUUGGGGAGAUUCACAAAACCAUGGAAGAGAUGAUGAACUACAAAGACAAUUAAUUUCUAAUCAAAAAGAACGCAGCGAACUCCGAGGAAAAGUUGAAUCGUUAAGCGAUAAGAUUCGGCAAUUAGAGUCAGAAAAGUUAAAUCUGGAACGCAAUAUUCCACAGCAAGAUACAUACCAGUAUGGUUCAUUAAAUAGAAAACACUCAGAGUCUAAGCAGCAAAAAGAAAUUUCGAGCGCCCGAGACGCAUCUUCCCACUUAGAUCAUAAUUAUCUCAACCAAGAAAAUAGAGAACUUCGCCAAAAAAUUAGAAAACUGGAGGCACAGCUUGCCGAAAAGGAAGCAGAGCUGGCACGUUUGCGUAGCCGUUUGUAUGAUGAACAACAUUUAUUCGACAGUAAAUCAGAAAAAAAUCGCGUUCUACAAUCUCAAGCAGAAAGAUUAUUAGAAUCUAGAGAGCAGUCUCAUAAACAACAUAUACUACGACUGGAAAAUCAGAUAUCGCUUCUGAAGGAGCAGCUAGCGCAGGAAGCAAAACGUCGUCAAAUGUAUGUACUGCGAAGCACUAAGGCAAGCCGCGAGAUGCAGCAAUUGCGCCAAACUUUGGGAGAUUCCUUACGCCACGUCAGCCAGGAGCCAAUCGACGCAAUGUUAUUAGAACACGAAGCUAGAAGGCUAGAAUUUUAUUAUUAUACGGGACUGGACAGUGCAGUUUCGCUGAGUCUUCCAUCAACAGACCAAAAUACAGAUUAUAACAUCACUCCAAAAGAUUAA